GCGGCAGCAGCAGCUGCUGGAGUCCUCGCCGUGGCUGCCCCACUGGCAGCCGCCCCCCCGUCCCGGCCAGCGCCGCCUGACCUUCGAGCAGUGGCUGCUGCGCAAGAGGAGUCAAGAGUCGCUGCGCCGCCGCCAGAGCCGACGCGAGGCGCAGCGGGUGCAGCAGGCGAAGCAGCUGCGCCAGCAAAUGGCCGACAAGAGCUACGCGGAGUGGCUGAGUGCGAAGAAGAAGCGGCUGAUGCUGAAGGAGUCGCGCUUCGACGAGGCGCUGGCCGCGGAGAUCGCGACGCUGCAGCGGCAGAAGAAGAGCCAGCAGUCGCUGCUGGUGUGGCGGCAGCGCAAGCAGCAGGAGGCGCGGCAGCGGCGCGACCGGCAGGAGCAGGCCCAGCAGGAGGACCAGGCGCACCAGAGCCUGCGCGAGGAGCUCAGCCAUCUCGCCUGGCAGCGCUGGAUGUCGCGACAGACGGCCAAGCCGCCGCCGCAGCUGCAGGUCAUGCAGCAGAUCCGGCAGCAGCAGCUGAUGCACUUGAAAGUGUUUAUUCGCCCACACUAA